AUGACGCAAUUAUGUGAGCAAAUCGAAAAGUUUAAACCAGGAGCUGCCAGCGGCAACAAGGAAGAGAAACGAUCAAUCGAAGUGAGAUCUUCAUCUUCAGGUGGAGGUAGCCCAAUCAGUUUUGAAGCGUUGAGCUCUAUCUUCACUGGAGACAUGUCGGGCAUAACGGAGAUGUGCAAAAGUAUCAAAUUCGGAGAGUCCUCUUCAUCUGAGAGAAAACGUUCAGCUCAACUAGGAUUUCCUUUUAAGCUGCCUGUCGAUCAGCCUACAAUGACGCAGUUAUGUGAGCAAAUCGGUAAGUUUAAACCAGGAGCUGCCAGCGGCAACAAGGAAGAGAAACGAUCAAUCGAAGUGAGAUCUUCAUCUUCAGGUGGAGGUAGCCCAAUCAGUUUUGAAGCGUUGAGCUCUAUCUUCACUGGAGACAUGUCGGGCAUAACGGAGAUGUGCAAAAGUAUCAAAUUCGGAGAGUCCUCUUCAUCUGAGAGAAAACGUUCAGCUCAACUGGGAUUUCCUUUUAAGCUGCCUGUCGAUCAGCCCACAAUGACGCAGUUAUGUGAGCAAAUCGGUAAGUUUAAACCAGGAGCUGCCAGCGGCAACAAGGAAGAGAAACGAUCAAUCGAAGUGAGAUCUUCAUCUUCAGGUGGAGGUAGCCCAAUCAGUUUUGAAGCGUUGAGCUCUAUCUUCACUGGAGACAUGUCGGGCAUAACGGAGAUGUGCAAAAGUAUCAAAUUCGGAGAGUCCUCUUCAUCUGAGAGAAAACGUUCAGCUCAACUAGGAUUUCCUUUUAAGCUGCCUGUCGAUCAGCCCACAAUGACGCAAUUAUGUGAGCAAAUCGAAAAGUUUAAACCAGGAGCUGCCAGCGGCAACAAGGAAGAGAAACGAUCAAUCGAAGUGAGAUCUUCAUCUUCAGGUGGAGGUAGCCCAAUCAGUUUUGAAGCGUUGAGCUCUAUCUUCACUGGAGACAUGUCGGGCAUAACGGAGAUGUGCAAAAGUAUCAAAUUCGGAGAGUCCUCUUCAUCUGAGAGAAAACGUUCAGCUCAACUAGGAUUUCCUUUUAAGCUGCCUGUCGAUCAGCCCACAAUGACGCAAUUAUGUGAGCAAAUCGAAAAGUUUAAACCAGGAGCUGCCAGCGGCAACAAGGAAGAGAAACGAUCAAUCGAAGGCGCCCGCGAGUCCGAGCCGGCUGGCGGCAGCGGCGGCGGCGGCGGCGGCGGCGGCGGCGGCGGCGGAAGCUGCAGCGCGGGCAGCGAGCUGGCAGGCGCCGGCUAG